CCGGUAUAAGGUUUCCGGUGUUAUGGCGACCACCGGCAACAUCAUCGCUUCAGUCUGAACAAUAGCAGGCUGUACAUUAAGAAUGAUGUGAAGAGAGAGGCGGCUAUCUCACAUGUCUGUGUUAUUCUGACUAUGCUGCUCUUUGUAGCGCUGAUCCUAGUUUUUUCUUUCACUGUGGUCACCACUGAGAAGGCUGAGAUCACCACCCGCAAACCAUCAGCACCGCUGCUCAACUACAGCAGGAUCUCCCUGCUGCCAGAGCACGUACCCUACUUCCUCUACAACAACAAGAGGAUCGCCAAGCAAUGCCUCCUGGACCCACUGUGCCCUUUUAAGGGUGCACUGCAGGAUCUAUCUGCCUGUUGGGGCUACGAGAAGAACUGUGAUCCAAGGAAGCGCUUUAGCUACCCAGUCUGUUCCAAAGCUGAAUCUGGAUGGGCCCAUUCUCUGGAGACAGCACAGGAGCUUUUCUGGAAGCAGGCUGAUUUUGGCUAUGUCAAGGAGCGUCUCUCUGAGCUCAAAACACUUUGCAAGGCCAGCAAGCCAGGGGACUCUUCAUUAAGAUGUAGUAGCCAAACUCGCUUCUGUAAGGCAACUAACCUUUACCUGGACUUGCGUAAGCCGCGCAGAAGUCAUGAGAGGUACAAAGAGGACUUCAUUCAGAAGGGGGAGAUUGGCGGUCGUUGCAGACUGAACAAGCAAGCUCUUGCUGCCGAGGGAGAGCACAAGAGCCCUUUGCAAUCUUGGUAUGCUGAGCUGCAGACAUACACAGAGCUGGACUUUCAUCCUAUAGAGGAUGAACACUGUGACGUUGUCAUUGAAAAACCCACUGUAUUUAUGAAACUGGAUGCUGGGGUGAAUAUGUACCACCAUUUCUGUGACUUUGUCAACCUCUACAUCUCCCAGCACAUUAACAACUCCUUCAGCUCAGAUAUCAACAUCAUCAUGUGGGACACGAGUUUUUAUGGUUAUGGAGAUCUGUUCGGUGAAACAUGGAGGGCCUUCUCAGAGUAUGACAUCAUCCACCUGAAGACCUAUGACUCGAAAAGAGUGUGUUUCAAAGAUGCCUUUUUCUCCCUCCUCCCAAGAAUGAGAUACGGCCUCUUUUACAACACUCCUCUUAUCUCCGACUGCUACAGUGAAGGGAUGUUCAGGGCGUUCUCCCAGCAUGUCCUUCAUCGACUGAACAUACUGCAGGACGGGCCAAAGGAGGGGCGUGUUCGUGUCACCCUGCUGGCACGCAGCACAGAAUACAGAAGGAUAUUAAACCAAGUGGAGCUAGUAAAUGCCCUCAAGACUGUACCUUUACUGGAGGUCAACGUGGUGGACUACAAAUACAAGGAUGUUCCCUUCUUGGUGCAGUUGAGGAUCACCCACAACUCAGAUAUCUUUAUAGGGAUGCACGGGGCUGGUCUCACACACCUUCUCUUCCUCCCUGACUGGGCUGUCAUUUUUGAGCUAUAUAAUUGUCAGGAUGAGAGCUGCUAUCGAGAUUUGGCUCGGCUGCGGGGCAUUCGAUACGUGACUUGGCAGAAAAUGGACAAAGUGCUCCCACAGGACAAGGGUCACCAUCCAACCCUCGGGGACCAUCCAAAGUUUACCAACUACUCCUUUGAUGUGGGGGAGUUCAUGCACCUUGUGCUGGAGGCAGCUGAUUAUGUUACACACCAUCCCAAAUGGCAGCGUCAUACCGUUCAUGAUGAACUCUAGAGUCUCUGUGAGUGUGGGACAAACAUCUGGCUGCUGAACAACUUUUAACAUCUUCAUAAUGGCAGCGUCAUUUUUAAAGAAUUUUUAAAAGUUACCUCAGUAUUUGUUACCUCCUGUCCGUUUCGUUGAUAGGCCUGGAUGAGUAAAAGCAAUGUGGUCAAAAAUUCUGGUUUGUAUAGCCUCCACCAGCUCUAUUAGUGUCAAAUCAGUUAAAGGAGGGGUGCCCUGGUAGCUCACCUUGUAGAGCGUGCACUCCAUGAACCAAGGUUUAGUCAUUACCUGAGUGUCCCUGGGUUCAAAUUUAACCUGUGGCUGUUUGCUGCAUGUCUCUCUCUCACACUUUCUUGUCUACACCUGUCCUGUCCAUUAAAGGCCAAAAUUCCCUAAAAAGAAUCUUAUAUAUAAUAUAUAUUAGUUAACGGACCAGAUGUGUGCAGUUGCAGCAUCUGGCGAGCAUUGUGUCCUAUGUUUCUUCAUUACAUCCGCUGCUUCUACUUCAUUCCACGCUGAAAAAGUUAGCUAAUGAGCAGCUGUUACGGUGUCCCUUCACAUGCGACAUCUGGUCCCAUUUGAUCAGUGUCGUCUUGAUGCGAGCCUCCUUAAAGCUGACAAUCACAUCAGAGUAUGUGAGCAUAUCCAGCAUACACCAAUCCAGGACUGUAGUACUCAAGUCUGGUCUUGGACUCGAGUCAGGACUAGUGACGUUUUUUCUAUGGUGUCGGACUCGUUGGACUUGGACUUGUCUCAGUCUCUGCCACUGGUCUUGCCAAAUAUGGCUUUUGGUCUCGACCGAAUCCAGGUGUCUUUAUUUGGAAAGUGAAACACUGGCCACCUGAUAACCAAUGCCACACUAGAUUGUCUUGAUACUGUCAUGCAUAAGACUUUUUCUUUUUCUGUCCAGUACUCAGUCUUGACUUGGAUUCAACUAGUCGUGGUAUUGGACUUGGUCUUGGCCUCAACAAAGGUAGUCUUGACUA